AUGGGUGUCACUCGGCUCCCACUCGAGCUGCAACAACAGGUUUUCGCAUACCUCGAUACAAGAUCAUUCCAUGCCGCGCGCAAUGUUUGCAAGUGGUGGAGGUUCGCCUCGCUGGAUUCAACCACCUUGGCGAGGCAGUUGAGGAAGCUACCAAUUCUUCCUUCAGCCGAAGCAGCUACAUCCGCACCGCACGAAUUGCAGAAGCUGUGGGAUGAGGCCGCUUAUACACUUAUGCUGGGAACUCGAAUCAGCCGAAAGCCUGACAUUCAAGGUGUCAUGAGCAGCGCGCGAAAGGCCGCAUUCAAGAUGGGACCGAGAGUCACCGCUGCUGCUAGCGGCAAGCGUACCGUGACAAUCAACGACCGCACUAUUACCCUGUUCGACACGUCAGGCUCCGAGCAAAGAGUUUUGAUGCAGCGACCAGUGAACGAUUUGCGGGAGGCUGUGGGCGGAGGGCCAUGGCUAAAGGUGCCGCCAACACCAUAUCAUGAAGCUGCGUUAUCGUCGGACGGGACACUACUCGCGAUCGCACAAGAGCGGAUAAUACAGAUCGUUGACUUGUCUGCGGCACCGGACAGCUUCACGGUUAACGAGCACAUCACCAGCGCUACAGGUCACUACAUAUGCGGCUUGGAGUUUGAGCAGAAUGACCACGUCUUGCGUGUACGCUUGAGUGGGAAGGGCGCCGUGCUGUAUCUUGGCAGGCCGCUUGCAGCCGUUGACAGCACGGAGCAAGCAACGAUUGAGCACUGGAAGAGCAGAGCGGGUCUGCGACAUGUCUUUCUGGACUCUAGCCUUCUUAGCGUCGUCACGCAAGCACCGCAGGAUGAUAGCACAGGCCGCGUCUCUGGCUUGCAGCUCCUGAGGCCAUUUGAAGGCGGCUAUCUGUUUGCUGCUCAGAAGCACGGCGGCAACGAAAGUAGCCAUUACAUCAUUGGCCAUCUGCGAGCAUCAGUACCGGCGAAUGGGACCGCACUUACCGUCGAGCCCAGAAGUGUGACGGUGCUAGCCAGACUUGAGAGCUUCUUGAGCGCUUGGAACUGGACACUCAACGGCAAGGCUGAAAACGGAAUGGGCCUCUGGGAAAACAUGCCUAGUGCGCAUGAACACCAUCCGAACUUCGCUCUGAGUCCGGACGGAUCACUAAUCGCCAUCGCCGAGCGGGAUAAGAAGGCUACUAGACCAGUGCCGAUGAUGCAACUGUUUAUGUACCGUUUGCCGAACAAGCACAAGCUCCGUAAGAUCUUAGCGGAGGAGGAGCGGAAGAGGGACGGAAGGUGGGCUACGCUCGCUAGCUUUCUCAACCGUGUUGAGCGGAAGAGAAGGCGAUCAAGCAGUGACGACGAGGAGAUGCUUGAGGUUGGUCUGCAGGAGAAGAAGCAUAGUGUUGCGCGUAUUCCGCUCUGCUUGGGCACGAUUCGUGGUGCUAUCAUGGAUCUCAAGUUCGAUGCGGAGCAAGUCAACACACAACAGUAUGCGUGCGCGUUACGGCUCCUGGCGACUACAGCCGAGUCGACACAGUCUUGGACGAUUGCGCAGACAUGA